AUGAAGCCACAUCGUCCACCGCAGGGGGAGUGGAUCAAAUCUAACCCCUGUCCGGACCUCCUUCCGCGCACUGCGUCCUCGGGCACCUCCAGACACGAGGAGGCUAGUGACCUCAUGAAUAGCGAGAGGACGUCUCCGAAUUCGCGAUGGCUCCUGCAUGCAUACCUGUUUUGGACCUCGCUUGGCGACGGCACGAGCGAUGAAAGUGGGGAAAAGGAGCCGAAUCUUGAGACCCAACACUUCGAAACGAGCAAGUCGCUCAUAGGCGACUCCUAG